CCAUAAACCGAACCAUAGAGGCAAAAAUAAACGCUUCUAAAAUGUGGCUCUACCGAAAAAUGCUAAAAAUAUCAUGAAGAGAUCGAAUAACCAAUGUAGAUGUUUUGCAAAAGAAUGAAGAAAAAAUUGGAACUUUUGGAAACAGUAAAGAAAAGAAAAAUCUCAUAUUUUGGACAUAUAUAUCGUAACGAUAAACAUGAAAUUCUAAGGAAAAUAAUAGAAGACAAAAUAGAGGGCAAAAGAAGUAGAGGAAGAAGGAAGCUAGCCUGGAUGGAUAACAUUAAAAGCUGGACUCGUAUUAAUGAGGCUGCCAACCUGAGGGCCUACCGCAAACCACGUUCGACGUGUUGCCUCCCUGUCACACUUACGUACGAAUUUACUAGUGCGACAGAGAGGCAACACGUCGAACGUGGUUUGCGGUAGGCCCUCAGGUUGGCAGCCUCAUUAAUACGAGUCCAGCUUUUAAUGUUAAGUUUGAGCAGAAUGGCACAGGAUAGAUAGAAAAGUUCCGAGAGAUGGUCGCCGACGUCAGAUGAUGACAUGGCACAGAAAGAAGAAGAAUGUCAAAAUAUUUUCAAUAAUAUUAAUAUCCAGAGUGGAAAAUGAGGACUACGUUUGUAUGAAAGGUGAUUUCGCACGGGUCCUCCACUCUCGAUACAACGCGACUUCGCGAUUAUCGCAAGUUCGCGCGAUCAAACAUAUUGAACUCGAAUAGGUGUCCUAAUUGACAAUCGCGCGACCAAUUAGGACACCUAUUCGAGCUCAAUAUGUUUGAUCGCGUAAGGCGUAAAAUUCGCGCGAACUUGCGAUAAUCGCGUAGUCGAUUUUAUUAGGACGACCCCUAUAGGGACCGUGCGCGUUGGAGGGUCUGCCAUCUUGUGGUCUGAAUCGGAACCAUAAACGGGCACAUUUACACGUCAAGUGUUUUCUUGUGCAUAGUAGGUUCUGCCAUCUUGUGGGCUACAUCGGAACAAUAAACAUCACAUUUACGCUUCGCGCCAUAAAUCUGACAGCUCCUGUGCUGCCUCCUACAGUUCAUGCACGCUCCCUAUAUACCCACCCACAUAUGUUUUCCACAAACGUAUGAUAAUAGAUACGAACAGAUAUCACUGAUAUCUUAUCACGGUAUUAUCGUGGUGAUAAUGAUAAGUUAUUCAGUCCUCAUGGCGAGGCAGUGAGAGUGUGUUUUAUAUGUGUUGAAAAGGAAUAUCUCAUGUAGUAUUUGUAUAACUUUGAGUGUAUCAUGGCGACCCGGCCGUACCAAGGCUACCCGUACACCAACCCGCACGUCAUCGACGCGCCGUCGAUCGACGCGGCCACCGCCAGCCGAUGGAACAACUUGCCCCGUCGUCCCCUCCAGCCCCCUCAACCUAGGGACGAGGUCAAUCGGGUUUCUAAACCGAUAUCCAAUAAAAAACAUCCGGACGCAGAACUAGAUCCGGUGAUCUACAUAGACGUUCCGGACGAAGUCGGAAGCGAUGUCGCCGGUCCGGCUUCUAGUCGGAACCGAAAGUCCGAGUCGGACUCUGAGCCGGAUCCGGUGAUUUACAUAGACGUACCGGACGAAGCCGGAAGCGAUGUCGCCGGUCCGGCUUCCAGUCGGAACCGAAAGUCCGAGUCGGACUCGGAGCCGGAUCCGGUGAUUUACAUAGAGGUGCCGGACGGCGAGGGCAGCGAUGUCGCCGGACCGGCACGGACGGAGCCGGAGCCGGAAUAUGUGCAGGAGACGAUAUUCUACGACCCGUUCGAGAACCGCCGGAUCGACCGGCAGAAGCUGUCCGACACGGACACGGCCUCCGGCGCCGGAUCGUCGCGGCCGACGCCGCCCAACUCUUUGGAUCUCCGCGGGCCAUCCGGGUCAUCAGGCUACGGCGGCUCUACCUUCAACUCCACCCCAGAAUUUAUGUCAAAAGAGGCCUCAAUCUACGGCCGCGAUGACUUCUCACUGUCACCCCUACCAGUAGGGCAGUACCCUGAUCUGCCCCCGGCGUACAGCGAGAUCGACACGCCUCACACGCCACAGACGUCACAGACGUCACAGACGCCACAGACGCCGCCCGAAGGAACGCCAAGCACGCUACCGGACCAGCCGAGAACUGUUGUCAUUACACAAGGCUUAAACUAUAAUCGUCCGCCUGUCGAGUCAUCCAUCGGCCUCCCGAGUCCGGACCGAAAAGUGGUGUAUUGUCAACACUGUUUCCAACGAGUCCACACGCUGGUCAUACGGGAGCUUGGACCAAUCUCGCACUGGAUUGCAUUCUUUCUGUUCCUAUUUGUGAUGCCCUGUGUCGUGUUCGUGUAUUGCACCAACUGGUUCACGUACAAGAACCACUACUGCCCCAACUGCAACAGGAAGAUCGGCUACGAGAUGCCUGCCAUGUGCAUCGGCAUGACAUACAUACGACCGGACACGGAACGUCAAGAACGCCUCUAAAGUAAGGAUGCUAAGCCCGAAGGAGUUCGUACAGUCACGGACAUUAAUUGCUGAGUCAUUUAUUUAUUUAAAAUUAAAACAACAUUACGCUAAUCCGGAGUAUCGAAAUAACAGUAUAUAGGAACUUUUUUUAAUACUACGUCGGAGACAAACAAGCACACGGCCCGCCUGAUGGUAAGCAGUCUCCGUAGCCUAUGUACGCCUGCAACUCCAGAGUUGUAACAUGCGCCCGACCCUAACUCUCCGCCGUCGUUGAGCUCUGAGCUCUGGUAACUUUACUCACCGGCAGGAACAUAACACUAUGAGUAGGGUCUAGUGUUAUUUGGCAGCGGUUUUCGGUGAGGUGGAGGUACUUCCCCAGUUAGGCUCUGCUCCAGAUUUGGAAUGACAUCCUCUGUGCUGUGCCCUACCAUACAUAGCGAGAUGGCAUUCACAAUGCCCAUACCUCGUUUGGGUAGUUUAAGGACGUACCCGGGUUCAAAAACCUACUUUUACGAUGAAAUUAUGAUCGAUAUUCGUAUUGGCAAAGCGGCGACCAUGUUCGGGAGGCCACGUUCAAGGGUGUGGGGUGACAAAUGUGUCGGCGGUCAAUGCCACUGUGCGAGCGGGACAGCAAUAUGUAUUAUUACGAGCGAGCGAUAGAGAUAGGAAGAGGCGCGUUAAUGUACGAAAUUCUUGGUGCUUAGAGUUCUUAAUUUAAUAGUAAUAGACAUAUGUUUAAGCUCGCCUUUGUAUUAAUAUUAAUUGUUAUUGUCUUCUGGUUUCAUUGAUUGUAUAUAUAAAAAAAAGUGAGUAUUCAUAACUUUUACUAUGUAUUUCAUUUGUCAAGCUAUGUGUAAAAAUAUGCAAUUGUAAGGCCGGUUGUAGAUGUCCGGUGUUUUCGCCGGAAACCGGACCGUGUUACGCGACUACGUCCGGUUUUGUACAUGGCUACCGACAGCUACACCCAAGAAAACCAGACAUCGUCGCCUAACCCGGACAAUUGUCCGGCGAAAACACCGGACAUCUACAACCGGCCUAAAGCACUUCCUAAAUGAAAUUGUAUAUAUACUCGUAAUUAAUUAAGUUUAACUGAAUAAACAGCUAAUGAAAUAAAUGGGCUUUAUACAUUAAACAUUUUUUGUAAAACUCUGAAAUAAACAUAUAUUUCGGUUUAUUUUAUACUCCAAAUAUAGGACUCGGUUGUGUUUUUAGAUAACGACUUCGUAUUAUUAGAUUGCCCAAUUAGAAAUGAAAAUAAUUAACAAAGAACGAAAAAAUACCGUUUUCGUUCCCAUACAAAAAAUACCGGUUUCCGAUCCCUGACGUGCAGUACAUUAUUAUGAAUUACAUUACCCUUAAUAUAAACGCAUACCUAAUAUAAGACUUAGGAACUUAGUAAUUACCAAUGACUCUGAAACUUGUUUUACUGUAUAUAUGGUGCUACUUUACCGCACUGCGACUGCUACUUUACCGCACUAGUGCGGUAAUUACCACUUUAUGUGCCUACAUAUAUCGAAAAUUUAAAGGGCCAUGUACUUACUGUAAAACGAUACACGUGCGAAUAGGCAAUUCGCAACUCGUGUCGUUUUAAAACACUCCCUUCAGUUGGGUUUUAAUUUAUCCCCACUCGUUGCGAAUUUCCUUUUUUUCGCACUUGUAUCGUAAUGUACUAUUACAGUAGGUACUACUUUACCGCACUAGUGAGGUAAUUACUACUUUGCGUGCCUACAUAUGUCGAAAAUUUAAACGGCCAUGUACUAUAAAACGUUGUAUGAACAUUUC